AUGCCUCACAUUAGCAUUGAUCCCGCUAUAUUCUACUGGGGGACGCCCGUCGUCCUCGUCACCACGCAAAACUCGGACGGCACUACCAACAUUGGUCCCAUAUCAUCGGCAUUCUGGCUGGGGAAAAGAUGCAUGCUCGGCCUGGAGAGCAACUCCCAGACCACGAUCAAUCUGCUCCGCGACAAACAGUGCGUUUUGAAUCUUCCAUCUGACGACAUGAUUAAACAAGUGAACGCGUUGGCACGCACCACCGGUUCAGAUCCAGUACCGGACGUCAAGGUCAUAUUGGGGUACCGCCAUGAUAAAGACAAAUUCCAGACUGCGGGGUUGACGCCAGUCGCGUCACAGAGUGUGCGACCAGCCCGCAUACAAGAGUGCCCAGUGCACAUGGAAGCCGAGUACAUGGGUCACUAUGAGAUGAUGAAUAACCUGUCCGGAGAGGCGAAAGGCUUUACCUACGCAAUCGAGGUCAAGGUCACGCAAACACAUGUCGACGACAAGAUAAAACUGGCCGACCACGUAAACAGAAUUGAUCCGGACGCAUGGCGUCCCAUGAUUAUGAGUUUUCAGCACCUGUAUGGGUUGCGGAAUGGACCAAGGGAAAGAUCCACACUGGCUAAUAUCGAGGAGGAGUUGUAUCGACUGCCUGAUAAUUGA